AGUUUUACAGACCAUAUUGUAUCUGUUGACCAGAUAUGAAUGUAAAAUGAAUGUAAAAAUGAGCAUCAGCCUCUCUUAUAGAACUAUCUGGAAAAUGUUAUCCUAUUUCAGUUGGUAAGGAUAGAAAUCAAAAGAAUUUGAUUAAAUAAUUGCACCUUCCUAUAGUCUACUCACACAGAUGUUAGUAUUUCCUGUUUUAUAAUCUAACUUUCUAGCAUUUACAUCAUUUUUUCAGUAACACUUCUGGAAUAAUGGGGUUUCACAAUGGGGGCAUUUCAGUACCUCUUUUGUUGAGGUAAUUGAUACUAUCACAAAAAAAAAUCUGAAGAAAAAGCCAUGAUUUCAUGAAGUGAUACUUCUAGCAAAUUACUCUGCUACAUACACCCAUGAUUUUGGAGAUGAAAUAGGAAAACACAUAUAAAUGUUCACUGUGUAUUUGUAACCCAAAUGUUAUUAACUCAUCAUACAUUACAAGUUGAUUAAUUUAAUCAACAUUAAGAAAUCUGCUAGGGCUAUACCAAUUUACCUAUAUAUUGUUAGUUUUCAACCCCUAUAUGAGCUCUAGAAUGCAAAUAUUUUCACUACUUUAAUAUCUGCUAUACCCUAAAGGCAGCACUUUACAUCUGAUCUGGGAAACUUAGCAUGGUCAGCCCUUAGUACUUGGCCCUGUUUAGAAUUAGGGAAACCACCCAUUGCCUGAGAUAGUUCUUUGAAAUGUAUGGGGUUGCCGCAAGUCAAUAGGGGAGUUGAAGACACAUAUACAUAGUUUAUAUAAUUCCUCCCUUAUCUCUAUAUUUUGACUUGGCUACACCUUUCUCUCUCUCUCCCCCACUCUAUGUAUAGUAGGACCAUACUGCAUUCAAACACUUCAAAUCAUUUUAGAUUUAUGGCGACCCCAAGGUGAACAAUUGUGUUCAUCCUGGAAUAUCAACUGAGACCUUCAGCUCCAACCCCAAUUCUACAUUUCAAGAGUAGCUUAAGAAAGGCAGGACAAUGUGUGGACUCAUGAGCAUAUAUAUGAUACUCAGGUUUCACAAAAGCUAUCUAUCAGUGCAGGCUUCCGGAUGGUCAUCUACAUGAACCAAAUAUUAAUUUUUCUGGAAGUAUAGCAGUACUUCACAAGGAAUUAAUUAUUCACUUUUGAAACAUACCCAUAAAAAUUGGAUUGAUUUUCUAAAAUGACCCUAGAUUAAGAAGUAGAUUUUAUGUUCACAUUGAUCAUGUGUAUUGGUGUGAAUAUUUCAUUGGUUCUUGGUGAUUCUGUUGACUAUGAGGUUCCUCUCUGCCAAAGUGAAAGACAACAUUAGAAGCAAUUGCUUAGGAUGAUGGACAUGAAGGUGGAAGAUUAUAUUCUUUCUCCCAUACUGGGUUACCAUUUCAAAUCUAUGCUGUGGCUACUUUUAACAAAAGCAAAAAGACCUUGGGAGAUUCAGUUACAGAUCUCCCAUCAGUAUGAACCUGACCCCCCUUCCUGGCAUAGAAUCCAGGGCCUCCUAUUCAUACUUUGUGUUCUAGAACACUGGGAAUAACUAUGAUGGUCAAUUGUUGGUUUCUAUGACAAUUCCAUGAAGAUUCUUCUCACCCCAUUGGUGCAAAGAGAGAUGGGUUCUGCUUGACCUUCAUUCCAUCUUCUUCUCUCAUCUUCUGCAGCCCUGCUGAAGAGAGUAAAGGAGGGUAUCGUCGGACAACAAGGUUGCUCACAUAGAGUAAAUUGCCAAAGACAAAAUAAGUUGUUGUUUGAAUUGUGGAUCACCUCUGGGAAUUAAUAAAGAGUAGCAGUUACUCAGAGACUGGUAUCGGCGAGUUGAACACAGUUGCUGAAUCCUACCAACAGUUUUGUGGGAGAAAAAGAAGAAAACUGAAAAAAGCUACAGGCAUUGGAAUAUAAGCUCCCAUCAUGGGUGAUGAAAAAUGGGUGGGAACAUGGAGGCCUCAUCGUCCAAGAGGCCCAAUCAUGGCCCAAUUCACAAGCCCAGGGCCGAAGUACUACAUACAAGGAGCAACAGGUCAUGUAUCACACAUCCCGACCAAAAGGAAAGCCCCAGCCUACAGUAUGCCUAGCUCAAGGCCUCUCCCCAGAAAAGACUGCUCGCCAGGUCCAUAUCCUGUGCAGGCCUCUAUGACGUAUAGGGGGAGAAAAUCGGCUCCAGCUUAUUCAAUGGGUAGUCGACCCACAGCUAAAGUGGAGAUUACCCCAGGUCCCGCCUCUUACUCACCAGAGAAGUCUAACAAAAUUAUCUACAAAUCUGUACCUGCACAUACCAUGGCAUUCAGGUCUCAAGGUUUUAAAACAGACUGUACGCCAGGUCCCAAUGCUUACAUGAUUCCAGGGGUGCUUGGUCCACACUUAGUGGACAAGACUUCUAAUCCUUCUUAUACCAUGGUAGGAAAGACUAUGCGUGGAUCUUUCCUUGAAGACCUUCAUAAGACCCCUGGUCCUGCAGCUUAUCAUAAACCACAUACAGAGGUCUAUAAAAAGAGAGCACCAAAAUAUUCCAUGGGCAUGCGAAAUGCAGCAUUACGAAGUGGGAAAAUACCUGGGCCUGCUGAUUAUGAAAUAGGAAAGGUAUCAAUGAUCAAAUCUUGUGCUCCAGUUGUCACCUUUGGAAUCAAACAUUCAGAUUAUACAACACCUUUGAUUGUGGAUGUCUGCUGAGGUUGCCCUCCACCACUGAAACCUGAUUUUUUCUACUGAUAGUUCUAUAUCAUGUUCAUGUUUUAAAGCUACCUGCGUUCAUAGCUUCUAAAGUAACUAGCAGCUGUUGACUUGUGUUUUAAAAAACAAAUACCAGCACUGAAGGACCAUUUCAAAUAUUCAGAAGCUGGUUAUUGUUGAAGAUUGAAAUACUUAACUCCGAAAAAGGAACGUGCCAGUCCCUUCGUGUGAUGAAGACACAUUGCAAACUUGCCUUAAUGCUUUGAGCCUGCUGAACACACAACUAAAUUCAGAAUCUAAGUAUUUGUGUACAUACGUUUUUUUAAAGAAAUUGAGAUUUGAUGUACAGAUAUGUUUAUGAUGUUUAUGAUAGAUAUAUUUAUGUUUAUGAUAGAUAUGUUUAUGUAUAUAUGUUUGUUUUUUUGACAAUUAUCCAUAUUCCUGCUUCUAGAACUACUUCAUAUUACUGGUUUAUUCCUUAAAUAGCUCCUAUAAAUCUAUUUUUGUAUGUUUGUUUUACUGUUUUCAGCUGUUAAAUGUUUUAGAAUAAAUAAAUUAAAAAAGCAA